GAAAGAUAACAAUCCUUUAGGCUAGAUAUAGUUUUGUCUACAUUAUAAACAUUCUCUACAUUAUCUAAGGUCUAUCGGCCAUCUUUGAUGUGAGCUGUCGUGUCGAUUCGUGUGCCCAGGUGUUUCUAUCCUAAGUUGCUACAGUUGACUGUAUUUCUCUAAAGUAAAAAAAAAGAUAUAUAUAUAUAAAUUAAAAUGGCACUUAAAUUUGGUCCACAAUGGUUAAGAGACCUCUCAGAUGGGGGAACUAACACCUCCCAACCCUCAACUCCUACUGCUAGUGUCAAGUUUAAACUGGCAGACUACCGUUAUGGAAGAGAAGAGAUGCUGGCACUAUUCAAUGAGCAUAGCACCCCUCCCGACCAAGUCCGGAAACACCUAUCCAUUUUUUCCAAAGAAAUUCAGAAACCUAUAACAAUGUUGCCUCUAACAGAAGAUGAACAGCGUCUUAUCUCACAAGGUUUUAACAGUACUGUGGUACUCCGAGCUGCUAGUCGAGGUUCUGGACCACCAAUUCGUUCAAGCAGAGGUGGAGGAACUUCUGACCGUGGUAGAGGGAGAGGACGUGGUCGGGGGGAGGGCUACAUUUCUAGAACUGAAAAUGGAGAUGUAGGCUACAGCAGGUCGACACAAGAUGGCUGGGAACAGGUGGGCAGAAAGUUUGAAAGAAGUUAUUCCCGGGGCUAUGAUGACAUAGGUCCCAAACGUGAGUAUAUUAGGUCAUCAAGUGAUAACUGGAGGGACAAGAAGUUUGAAGAUGACGAGGAGGAUGAAGAAGGUGGAACUGGCUGGAGAAACAAUCGAGAAAGAUGGGGUUCAUCUACUAGAGCCAAUUGGCGAGAAGGUCAGAGAGACAACUAUGAAAUAGACAGAAGACCAAUACACCAGAGGGGUUUUGAUCAGGAGUCCAGGGGUGUUCAAAGAGCAAACGAAAAUUACGACAAUGAAGGUGAUGUGCCAGAAUGGGUUGCAGAUGAUGUUGGUGAUGACCCAGGCACAUUUGACUCCAGUGGAGCAUUUGUUUCUACAAGACAAGGUAAAAAAUAUAUAGAAAUCAGAAGAGAGCCCCCACCCCCAGAAGACAGUGCUAAAAAUAACAAUCCAUCACAUACUCCAGAAGAAAGAACAAAAAACAGUGAGGUAUCAAAAAACAGUAGUGAGAAGUCUCCACCUGCUCCGAGCAAUAAGUCGGUGUAUGUUCCACCCAAUGCUCGUAAUGGCAAUGGGGACUCGAAUGAUUCUAAAGAAAUUCUUGGUAAACAGAAUGAUGACAAAGGGGAAACAAAUUCACACUCAGAAACACAGAUCUCAUUUACUGCUGGACAUUCGAAUAAAGGUGAUGGUGAUUCAGGGUUUGCAAUCCCCAACCCAGAACUUGUGAAAGAAACAAGGUUACCUCCCGGUCAAAACAUCCCUUACACCCCUGUUCCCCCUACACAGUCCCAGUUAGGUGACACCCCUGUUCCACAACCCCCCACUAACAGUACUAGAUUACUUGAGAUGGACAGGCUACAGCUAGAAAAGUCUUUGCAGAAUUUUGUAGCAGAAAUGACUGCAGGAGCUGAAAGAAGAGCUAAGGGUUUGAUGGAAACAUCUCUACCAGUGAACCCACCCAACAGUGAAGAUGCUAACAAAUGGUUUUAUAAAGAUCCCCAAGGAGAAGUUCAAGGUCCUUUCACAAAUGAAGAGAUGGCUCAGUGGUUUAGUGCUGGCUACUUUACGAUGAGUUUGAUAGUAAAACGAGGCUGUGAUGACUCAUACAAACCUUUAGGUGAACUUAUCAAGCGUUAUGGUAGGGUACCAUUCUUGCCAGGUCCUCCUCUACCACCUUUGAUUACUGGCAACAUGCCAGCAGAACCAACUGUCUCAUCUACACCACCAUUAGCAGUACCACCUCUGGUGCCCCCUAUGUCUGCUCCAUUGUUAGGUCAACCUCUGGUGAAUGUUGCAGAUCCUCACAUAGUCCAACAAAUGUUUCUACAGCAAGAGUUUAUCAAACAGACAUACUUAAGAAAGUUGCAGCAACUUCAGCAACUUCAAGAUCCUGAAAGUUUCAAAAAUCUGACACCAGAACAUAUUCCUAUGCAGUUGUUGAUGCAGGCCAAUCCAUUGCUAAUGCAGCACCAGUUACUUCUUCAACAGCAGCAACAAGAGCAUUCACUAGCUACAGCAGCAGCCUUUUCUGGAGAUGACAGCCCCGCAGUCUUCCCUCACAGUUCAUCACUAAACUCUUCAACAGCAAACACAAUAGCUCCAAGUAACAUUGAAAAUGAACCAGCAUGGCCUUCUAGUAUGUCUCAGAUUAUACCAGGUAUUUGGCCAAUACAACCAACACAGAUUCCAGCCCAACAACCAGCUUCCUUAUGGGACACUGAUGGGAAUAAUGUCAUACCUCCUGCAUAUUUAGCACAGAUAGAGAAAUUGAGAAGGGAUAGAGAAGAAGAAAGGUUAAAAGAAGAAGAAAAAGCAAGAGAAGAGGAACUACAGAGAAAAAAAGAAGAAUUAUUAAGACAACAGGAAGAAUUAGAGAGACAGAGAGAACAGAUGAGAAGAGAAAAAGAAGAACUAGAAAGACAAAAACAAAUAGAGAUACAGAAAAUUGAAGAAGCUCGUCGACAGGAAGAAGAAAAGAUUAAAUUAGAAAUAGAGAGACAAAACAGAGAAAAGGAAGAAGAAGAAAGACGUCUCCAUGAAAUGGCCAAGAGACAACUGGAGGCUGAACGAAAAAGGGAGAAGGAACUUGAGAAACAGGAAAAGAAAAGAAGGAAAGAAGAAGAGAAAAGAUUAGAAGAAGAGAGAAAGAGAUCUGCUUUGGCUGCAGAGAAAAUUGUUGCUCAGUAUGAGCAAAUUAAAGAAUCUAGGAAAAAAGCAGAAGAAGAAGCAAAGAGACAACAGCAAGAACUGGAGAGGCUUCAAAGAGAAGAAAGACUGCAGAGAGAAACUGCAGAGAAGGAAAGGUUACUUUUAGAGGCACAGAGAAAGCAGAAUGAAGCUUUAAGACAACAAGAAUUGAAAAAAUUACAGCAACAAAAAGAUCAGCUGGCCAACAUACAGUUACCAGCGUCCACCAAAUGGGCAGCUGUUCAACAAACUUCCCCCAUGUAUCCAACACAAUCUAAAUCCCUCACAGAAAUACAAGAAGAAGCUAGACAGGAGGAGGAAAGACUUCGGGAGCAACAGAUCCAGAUGCAAAGAAUACAAGAGCAAUUUUCAGCCAACCAAAGUCAACAACAAACUCAGAAGUCUUGGGCUACAUCAAGUAGCCAAGCUUUGCCUGUCAAAGGUUUAUCUUUGCUGCAUAUUCAACAACAGGAAGCAGAAAAAGCCAAAAAAUCUGAGAAAGAAAAAACUAAUAAUAAUGCCUAUACAGCUAAGGUAGCCCAAUCUAUUCCUCCCACAUGGACAGGUUCUACUGGUACUUGGACAUCUAGUCAACCUGUCUGGAACACUGCUCUUUCUAACACUGCUGGCUUCUGGGAUUCUGUGACUGCUCCAGCUGUCAAGAAAACAACUGCUAAAGAAAGUGGUGAGUUCCCAGCCUUGAAAACUGCUCCAGUCCAGCAGUUGAAGAAAACCAAUAUGAAGGAAGUGAAGGCCACCAAUGUCAAGGCACCAGUGACCAAGUUCAAGAAGGAGGAGGAGACUGUACAGAAGCUCUUUCAACACAGGCAGCAGGAUGAUUUUAGUCAGUGGGUAACAGAACGUGUUGUUCAGUUCUCAGUUUCUAUUGAUGUUCCCACAUUUGUGUCUUUCAUUGUUGAGGUGGAGAGCCCUGAUGAGGUUCAAGACUACAUCAAAACAUAUUUAGGUGAUAAUAAGGAGUCCAGAGAGUUUGCCAAGAAGUUUGUGGACAAGAGAAACAAGUUCCGCAACCAAGCAAGAUUGGUUAGGCAGCAAGAGGAGGACAGUAUCUGGGGCCCUGCACCAGCUAUCAAUCCUCACAACCAGAUCAGAGGCAGCGGCAACCCAAACAACAUCAACACAGAGGGCAGAGAAAGCACCACAAGCAAAGCCAAGAACCGGAAAAAAAAACAGAAGAUGCAGAAGCUGGAUGGUAGCAAGCUGGGCUUUACAGUGCAGGCUGACCCCAACCGCAAGAACGCUGCCGGGGAAUUUGAAGUUAUUGAAUGACCUACUUAACAUGGUCAUAAAAAGAAAAAAAAAGCUAUGUGAUACUUUAGGACCAGAUCUUCUAAUGAUAUUCUGAUGUUGAGGAGGGCUUUUUUUUUGUCAUUGUUUUUUUUUUUUUUCUCUUUUAAAAAUAUUUGCUUUUAAAUUCAUCUGCCAUGCUGUAAGAUUGUUUUAAGGGGAAGUCAAUCUGUUCUAUAGUUGAUUUUAAUACUCUGCAGUCUUGAGUUUAUGCAAAUAAAUCUGUCCCCCCCUAACUCCCAGUGAUUUUAAACUGAGCUGAUAGACUGACAAUGUUUACAUCUAGUGUUUAGUUCCACUUUGACUUGACCAGUGUGCCAAUGGAAUCCAUUAAAUGAGGUGAUGUAAUACUACA